CGUUUAAUUGAGUGGAUCGAACUCAACCGAAUGUUCGGUGUCGAGUAUUUUUUCUUCUACAACUUCUCAAUCGGCUCAAAAGUUGAAAAAGUACUGGAGUACUACGUGAAGCAAAACUUGGCCACCAUCAUCCAGUGGAAGCUGCCCAUUGAAGUGAACGAGAGGACGGACGCCUCCGACAUUCACUACUACGGCCAACUGACCGCCAUGAACGACUGCAUCACGAGAAGUCGCCUCACUUCCCACUUUGUCUUGAAUAUCGAUAUCGAUGAGUUUAUUGUACCGAUUAGGCGUCAAACAUUCUAUCAAUUAUUCACCGAUAUU